UUGGAGUCUUGCGAAACAACAAGAAGCGAGCGCAAAUGAACCGAUCAAUUUACAAAAGCUUUUCAUAUAUUCAUUGGAUAUUGUAAGGGUUCUAGGUCAAACUGGAGGACCGCAAACACAAAUGAGUUAACAUUGUUCGUUGUCAACCCUUCGUAGUUUUGUGGUAUUUUAACUACGACACUGGCGAGACUGACAGGUCUGUAGUUUGAUGACAGUUGGUUUGAUCCUGUUUUAUGUAUUUGAGUGAUAAUUGUAUCCUUUCAGUCUAUAGGAAACUUACCUUGGCCAAGUGACAUUGAAUGUCGUAGUCAAUGGGGCAGCAAUAUAAUUUGCUUAUAAAUUGGUUAAUUUUAAAAUCGUGACUGUAAACAAACAAACAUCGUAAUCAUGAUGUCGACCAAAGGUGACAAAGCUGUUGAAAGACAAAUGCAAAUGUUUGAAAUCGAAAUGAUGCAACAAGUAUUUACCAGUAUGACAAGUAGCUGUCUAGCUAAAUGUAUUCCAUCUAAUUAUAAUGAUGGUGAUCUAACUAAAGGUGAAGCAGUUUGUUUAGAUAGAUGCGCCUCAAAAUUUAUGCAAGCGUAUAUGCAAACUACUAAAAAGUUAUCUACAAUGGCAUCGUCAGACCCAAAAGUGGUAACCAGUAACUAGACUUUUUCAGGACAUAUUCUGGAAAGCUUGUUUUCUAAACUGAGGAUUUAGAUGUAAAGAAACAUAUUCCCUUGUUUUCUGUAUUAUAUCGCGAUUGUAAAUUAGUUGUGUUUUUGAAAUACAACUAUGUCAAAAUGAGUUUA